AUUCAGUUAUCAGCGAAUGGUCGCGGCGGUCGGUUCACCAAACAGCAAGCUCGGUAUUCAAACUCGGCCCGCGUUUGAUCGUCUCGAGCCCCGUCAGGAAUCAUCUUUAAACAGAUCUGGGUGAGGCAAACAGAUGGUACUAGCCUAUCGGAUUGAUGUGCUGGGUCGACUCCAGGGAUUUCCUUCUUCCAUCCCCGCCUCGUGUCACACAAAGACGACCAGGCAAAGUAGGAAAAUCAAUUAAAGCCAGGUUGGACGUGAUCGGCGCUGUUGAGGAUAUUUUUUUGAAUUCAUUACCGAAGGAUGGAUGAUGGCUGGUUUUGUUUUCGGAUGAAAAAACGACAGUAAAAGUGACUGCGGGAGUGUUUACUACUUUUGCAGGAGACCGAUGUGUGUAUCGAUGAAUACAGGCGAGUGGGAAACCAUCCAGAUGCCAUGAUUUCUAUGGUUCAGUGCACCGAAAGUCAAGCCGAAGCAACAGUUUUCACUGAGUGGGAUUGUUUAACGUGUGCUGGAAAAGCCGACUGGAUGAAAUUUGUGGUUUUCAAAAUAUUGAAGCUGGAAAUAGAAGAGAAGAGUGUAUACAUCUACGCAUGAGAAAUCUUUGGCGAGUGUAGGAAUAACAAGUUACAAAGCUUUCUAGUGUAAGACGUAGUAUCAUAAAUUUUAUCUCCAGCUUAAGUGUGGGCGAAUGGUGUCCUUUUUAUAUGGAAGAGUGAAUUUAUGAUAGCCAUGCUGACUGGAAAAUGAUUACUAAAGAUAGUAUUCAAAGGAUUAUUUUUGGAUGGAACAGCGUCAAUGAAUAAUUAAGGCAUCUACUGAAGUGGAUUUUUAUUAUUGUAUAAAUUUCGGGCGAACUGGGCUUUCGCAGGGGUGUCCAAUAUUCCCAUGACACCCACCGAUCAUCGGCGCCCCAGAAAAGUGAAGCUACCAAUCGACGCGUGAUUGUGUCUGGGCUAUGCAUGCCCGCGGCGGUUCACAAUGGCAGAGUCGAAGAAAACCCUCCCUCGGGCCGCUGCGGCGUGCCCAUCCCGCAUCCGGUGCGACCUGGAACGUGCAGGUCGUGCGAGGGAAAAUGACAUCGCGCUGCCUGUGGCACGCAUGCCGGGCGCUGGUCCUUGGCAUCGUACUCAUGCUGGUCGGCGGCGGAAUGGCAACCGUGGGAUACUACGCCAACAACUUUCCGUCGCUAUCCGAUGUGAAGAGCAACAGUUCGUCGACUAUUCGUGUCAAAAACGAACAGCGUGGGCUACAUCUGAACAAUUUGUCCUACGUUGGACCCAUCAUCAUGGGAGUUGGAGGUUUCAUCGUAGUGGCAUCCUGCGUGAUGACAUUCGAGGCCCGCGAUUCGGCAGCCAAAGUAGUGCCGGCACGGUUUAAAUUGAGUGGCACCGCCCGGAACACCAGCCGCAGCAAUGCUUCCCGCCGGUCUACAAGUACUUCCAACGGGCCGGCCUCGGUUGGCUCCCAGACCACCCGGUGGGAACAGCAUUUAGGAGUGUUUAGAACAUCCCCCGCCAUGGAGCAAGUACCGGAUCGGAAAGCGUUGACCGCCGCACUGGUUCACUUCUCCAAAGCACUCGGGACCCCGAAAGUGGCGCAUCCCCCGUGUGAAAGCCGUCGCGUAUCCAGAAGUGGCUCGGAGCCAAAUUUAACAGACAAGUUGCCAAUCCCCCUGGCUGUGGAUUCGCCAGCCACAGCCAGGUCAGCAGUCCGGCACCAUCGCGGGUCACGGGUCAGCAGCAUGGUUCAUCGAUCGACACGGGAAACAAGUGGCAGUUUGUUGCAUCCCGGUAUGCUGCAGCUGCAUCGACAUGCACAAUCCGUUGAUGAACCGGAGCCGUUUGUGAGAAACCUGAACCAGUCCGGCUCGCACGGUUCGAUGCACUACGGCUACCAGAAUGACAUCCCGCUGGUGCACAAGCUGCGUGAUCGAAACAAACGUUCGGACACGGCCCGCAGGCAUGUCCUGUCGCGACAAACCAAAAUCGAGAAGGAGGAAACGUCCGCCAGUCCGAAACAUAAUCCGUUUGCUGUGAGCCGCCGUUCAUCGACCAUUUCGGACGCUUCGUCUAGGGUGAACAGAAGCAGUCGACGAGCCUCAACCGUUUCCAAAACGCCCAGUGUGGACUCACGCGGAGCUGCUUCAACGGUCGAAGUUAACAGCCCGGUGUUGACACCCCGGCGUGCCAAAGCAAUGGCACCGAUGUCGACACCGUCAGUGGAGAAGGAGUGCCGAAGUCAGCUGUCCAUCUGCUCCGAACCAGCUGCUGGACAGCGAAACCUAUCGUGUCAAUCGAGCUUAGAACCAUGUGUGCCCGAGGAAGAUGGACCAGAAGGACAGGAGGAAAUAAGGCAGUGCAUUGACGGAGGCAAUCGCAAAUUGUGCGAUGAACUACGGAUUGGUACUAAGUCUCCCGUGCGUGACGAUGCCAAGCUAACGACGGAUGCUGUAGUGCGACCGGAUUCACUAAUUCUGAACGGUCGGAUAACCAAUGGUGGUCAGUCACCCAACGAAAAGACCAACCGUUUCCUCUAUCGGAGCAAUUCGACGAAAAGUUUUCGCAAACCGAAAGCGAAAAUAAGAAGCAAAAAACUAAGCAACGAAUUUGAUCAGAUUUUUGUAAUCAGUGGUAGCAGUACAGGUAAUGAGGGUAAGGAAGAUGUUCAGGAAGGCAUCAAUCGGUAUCCUAACCUACAUCGUGCACGGGAUGAUCAGUACUACGAUUCGAUUGAGGUAAUACACGAGCGGCGUAGCAAAAACUUUGACAAAUUCAACAGUUUGGGAUCGGAUACUGAACCGAAACACCAACUGGAAGACCAACAACAGAACGUUACUCUGGAACAAGAAUCCUGCGAAGAUUUUUGCCCGGUGGGUGAAAGUCUAGGAUCGAACAAGUUUAGCGUGGUUGCAGAUAUUUCUCCAGCUAUGACAAACAUUCCCACUGGAAGUCCGGAAAAGUUGUUUCACAGGAAGCCUACCAACGAAACAAUUGUCUCCGAUGAUGUAACGGCAAAUGGCAGCGGAAAGAGUGGCGAGGGGUCAACCGAUGUCGAUGAAGAUGAGGACCAGGAAGGUAAAUGGCAGGCAGACCACAAUAGCUCCAUUCAUCGGUAUGACACGGUUAUCUAUAAUGCAGCUUCCGGCAGCGUCGAGAGCGAAGAAGCCGCAGUAAUUUCAGUGGAAAGUGAUGGCGCAAGUGGUGGGCGGAUGGAAGAGAUAAUUGCUAUUGAAGUUGGUAGCGAAGGAGGUGAUAGUGGAAAAGAAGGCAUACCCGACCGGAGUGACGAGGGUGAUGACAAUGGUUCCAACCAUGUCGAUGAUCAGGUGUGAGUGUAGGGGUGCGGAAAAUUAGCCGACGAGGGAUUCAACAUUGAGCUGUUUCAUUUCUGGUGGAUUCCAACAACAAUAAAGAAUUUUCCGGUUUAAACUCACAAAUCCCAGCGAGAGGUUUGUUCAUGUUGUUACCCUAAAAAAUUGUGCGAAAAAAAUGAUUGAAAAUGCCUCUUCAAACAAAGCUUGUGCAAAGAGGUGCAAAAUUUAUCGAGCGGAUUUAUUUGACGGCGUGUUUGGUCAGCUCAGAUUCAGAAGAGUCAGAGAAGAAUUUUCCAGUUGUACACUUCUUUGCCUUCCUAAUGCUGUAAUCCGAUUAAGAUUGAAUUGCUUUCCACCGUGCCUCUGUCGAUGCUAUUUUGCCGAUACUGCCCGAUCCCCGGGACUGUAUCUAUUUAGUUAGGAUAGAGCUGGCUUAAUCACGUUCUCGUUUCGAUGAGACGAAAGUAACACCGUAGUAAGCUGUGUGUUUGCCCAUCCGCUGACGUAAUAAUCAUUAUUGUCUCUUUUCUAAUGAACAAAUGUGCUUCCGUUCGUUUCGAGUUGGUUUUUUUAAUUCCUUUCGUAUUUAUUUCAUGUAUUAUUUUUUUCAUGUCGUUUUUCUGAAAAGUGAUCCUAAUAUACUAGUCUUUUUGUCUCCCAAUUGUCGAAUGCGGUUGCAAUUUUGAUUUUCUAUAUUACUUUUGGCAAUGCCAGUUUAUCAGUUAAUUAACCAAAUUUAAUUAUCUAAUCCAUGUAAGAGAUCAAAGGCUGUAACAUAAUUAUAUUAAUUAUUGAUAUCAGUUGACGUUUGGCUCUCAGAGGAUUAACAAGUGGUACUUUUUUUUGUAUAGUUUCUAGUUUGUCACAGAUUCUCAUUUAACGUUAAUUAUUUUGUUCAAUUCUAUGAUGAACCUAGCGUAAGGUCUCCCACCAUGAGACUAGCAGGAUGCCAGACUUACGAAGUCCAUACGAAUAAUCACUUGAAUAUUUUUCUAUUUGAUUAUUUCGAGAUAUUUUUGCCUCUUUCAUAACGAAAGGCUAUGCAAUCACUGUGAAAAUCAAGUUUUCAACUGAGGUCCGCUUGUCCAAAUGUCACAUACCAAUUGAUUCACUACGGCGAACUAAGCAAACGUAACUUACGUCGCAAAUGAAAUCAAUUGGAAGUUUUAAUAGUUCCAAAUCAAACGGAGGGUUUUACCAAAGAUAAAUAAUAAAGACAUGUACGUGCAUAUAAAUAUUUUUGAAAAAUGUGGUUCGUUCCCGGUACCUUCUGAAAUGACCGCACUCACCGCUUGGUGGAGCGCGAGAUUAAUUGCAUUGUUAUCAUUUCAACCAAAGUGUGCCAUAAAAUCUCAAUAUAUACAAAUGAGCUACCGAAUCGAAAGGGUUCUCACGGUUGGACAUUUGCAUUAGGAAUGUAGGAUGGGAACUCAGCAGUGCAACCAAUUUAUCACCAUUGUUGCCAGUUUUACGGAGGACUGAAGAUGUGCGCCAAAAAAAGAUCGUGACUGUCAUGUCUGGAAAUUCGUUUGUGGUUUUACUAUGCUAUAUCUUCCUAUUAAAUUUCAUUCCGAUCUGACACGCGGUUCCGGAGAAACAGCAUGUUAUGCGCCAAAAAAUGUAAAAAUAUGCACUUACUUUUCUUACUUAUUUUGACAAACCUAGAUUCAAAAGAAAGCGGCCCUCUGUCACGACACCAUCUUGUUGAGAUCUAAUUCGAAACUUCAAAAUCAGCUGAUUGCAACGUAUAUAAACAAUCAGUAAUACAAUCGUUUUAUGGUUUAUCUCGUUUUUUGCACGAAAAUUAGAGAUUUUUGGAUCGAUUCUCUCACAAUAACUUGUCAGUUUACCUAAAAUACAGCAGAUAGUGUUUUGGGACAUCAAGUGGGGGUAAUUUUCACAAUUUGAGAGUCGCGAUGAGUAUCAAAACAUCGCAGUAUUUGGGGCCCGAAACGCGAAGGGCUCAACGUAAUCGGUGUACUUUCAAAUGGUUGGUGCUAAUAUACCGUGGCUGAGUGAAAAGUAUUACAAUUCCAUACUCUGCAAUUGGAUUUCAUCUGGAUCCGACCUCCCGUUUCGGAGUUACAGGGCAAUAUGUGCAAAUUAAAGUUAAAAUGUGCACUAAACUUUCUCAGAGAUUGCUUAACAGACUUUCACAAAUCGAAAUUCAAAUGAAAGGUAAAUUUCUUUAAAACCAUCCGGAAAUACGGCAAAGUGGAAUAUUUUCAACAUUCAACGAGUAUUUUAUUCAGUGAUGUUUAAAAUAGAUGCAAAUCCCAUAAAACUGACAGGUAAAAUUUUGCAGUUUGUAGAUAUUGUUAGUUCGCUGAUAUAAAAACUUACUGCGGCACUCCUUUCUCACUGUUUCCGGUUCCGGAACCACCGAAAGAAGUAAUGAAAUAAUCCAAAAAAGUAACUCGCUUCGCUUUUUUCAGCGAUGGUUCAAUUACCUGAAUUCGACUUCCGGUUCCCGACUUACAGGCUGUUAAGUAUCAAAACUUUUGACCCGUCGUAUAAAUGGACGAUGCAAAUUCGGUACGCACCGAAAUGUGGUGAUACGGAAGAUGAAAACACAACACCGCUUUUACGAACAAUGCACAUAAUGUGCUUUGUUUGAUCUCAUACCUUUCGUACAAGCUGGGUAAAGAAAACGAAAACCGAUAACUGAGUAAGUCUUUUCAAUCGUGUUGAAGCAACCAGAACUGCGGUGUAGGCACGAAUGUCUAUUACUGGUGUUUGAAUUUGGUAGAGCACUAUGCUGUGGAUCAGAAAAAUCAUAACCACUUUACGGGAAGUGUAGCAAAACGAAUGAAAGCAUUUCAACGAAUAGAAGGUUUAUUUGAAAUUUUCUCUCUUCUCGAUGUAUAUGGGAUUUCAACAGCUGGUAACGUAGUAAUAUCAUCAUUGUAGCAUGUUAUAUACUACUGUAUCUAAAAUAUUACUCGUUGUUUAAUUUGAAUUUCAAGUACAAAGCAAUAGGAUUUGGCUUGGUUUGGUAAAUUUCGCUUAAUUUGCGUAAUCUUGGUACCUGUAAUAAAGGGUGAUUUUUAUGAAAUAUCGGAUUUGAAUGAAAAAAAAUGGAGAAAAUUGAUGAAAUCAGUAUUGGAAUCGAUAGAACAAUCAAUAUAAUUUAAUGUUUGAAGAUGAUUUCAUGCCAAUAUUGGCCGCGGCUCCGCUUUAGAUGGCCCAUGCGCAAGGUUCUAUUUUGGCCCCACGAGAAAUAAUCUAAAGGCGUUAAACCACACGAUAUAGGCGGUCAAUUGACAGGCCCAAAACGUAAUAUAAACUGUUCUCCGGAUGCGGCUCUCAAUUUAGUCAUUGUUUCGCGUGCCGUGUGGGAUGUGGCGCCGUUUUGUUGAAACCACAUGGCAGGUAUGCCCAAUUCUUCCAUUUAGGGUAAAAAAACGUCAACCAUCAUACGGUAGCGCUCGCCAUUCACAGUAACGUUUCUUCCAACGUCGAUUCAUUAUUUAACUGUAGACCAAACUUAUUAUUAUUAAUAUCAUUUAUUUUAGAUCGGCUUUAACUUUUUGGUUUUUGGGAAUAAACCAAACUGAACAAGACAUAAUUCACGCGUGAUCUAUCAAAAACAGUGCUGCCAAAAGAAUACCAGAAAAAAAUCACCCAUUAAAUAUUCGAAUGGAAUAUAUUUUUCACAGAAUAUAUUAUGUGUUUGUAUGGAAAAUGGAAUAAGUCCUUCGAAACUAGUAAGUAAAUUUUCCUAGUAUGUUAGAGCAAACUCACUUUGGUGGAACCGAUCGAUUCAAGAUCAAGAUUCUAGAUCGCAUUGAAUGCUGUUGAAUUUUAUUCAAAUUCAGCUUCCCGCUCCGAAAGUACAGGUUGAUGGAAAAUUAAAACUGCCUUAUAAUUGGCGCAAAAAAUAAAUACGAAAUUCUUAAACAGAUGACCGUAAAAACUUACUACGACUAUGGCGGUCUCCGGGCUCCGGUUCCGGAAACAGAUUGUCAAAAACUUCAAUAUGAAACCUGUACCGAUUUCUCAUGAAAUGUUAAUAAGAACGGCACCAAAUCAUAUGUAUAUUUUUGAAACGGAUGUGAGCAGUAGGAACCAGCAAACUAUAUUUAAGGUCGUUAGAAAAUCCACGAUGGCGACUUCCGGUUUAUAAUUAUUCAUUGGAAAAUCUUUGAAAAUGGGUAUUUUUGGAAUGGAUUUUAUUAAAGAAUGAUGGUGAUUUUAUAUAUUUCUUGAUAAGUUUUACAACGUUGGUAUUUUUUAAUCGAAUUUGAUGUGUGGAUGGCAGAAAACGAUAUUCCAAGUCGUUCUAAAAUCCAAGAUGACGACUUCCGGUUCUUAAAUAUUUCUUUAUAAGUCUGAAAUAUAAGUAUCGUCGAAAUGGAUUUGAUUGAAAGCUCUCGGAAAGCGGACAUAAACUAAACGUAUUGAUUGAGUUAAUGCAGGAAAACCAUAUUUGACAUCGGGACGGGUAUAGCGUGAUGGGAUAGUCAAUGCCUUACAUGCAGCCCAGGGUUCGAUUCCCAUCCCCACACAUAGGGUCAGAACGUUUUUCUGGUAAAAUCUCUUUUAUUGAAAAAAAAAAAAAAGAUAUUUGAAAUCGUUUCGAAAUCCAGCAGACUUCCGGUUUUUUAAUAUUCAUUUAUUGAUAUUAAAUUUGAUUAACGGAUUUGAUCUUGGAAUACUUUCACAGUAUGGAUAUUUUUUGAACGAAUUUGAUUAGGAGAUGAGAGAAAACGAUGUUUGAUAUCAUAUUCAUCAAAAUCUUGGAUAUUGAAACGACCUCAAAUAUCAUUCCAAUUCUGUAAUUCUGUGAUUUCUAGGAUUAUCAAUGAGUCAUUAUUUUGAUUAGGAAACGACCUCAAAUAUUGUAUUCAAGCAGCUACUCAUGAAAUCUAUUCCGAAAACACCCAUACAAUAAUGGAUUUUAAAGAAUACUGAUCAACGGUAACUUACCAUACCGGAUUUUCAUACGAACUCGAAAAAGCUCUGUUUACGAAGUUGGUUUCUCUCAAAUCUCCAUUUACGAACUAUACGAGGGUUAGAGUUAGUUCGUAAAAGAGGCAUAUUAUUUGGAAAUUACUUCGUAAAACAAGUAUACAUUUAUUUUAUUUCCGGUUUAUUGGACCUUGAAAACCAUUACAAAAUGGGUAUUUUUAGAAUGAUUUUGAUGAUUAGACAUUUGAUGUUUGGUAAUGACUUCCGAUUCAUUAAAAUUCCCGGCAUCUACUCUACAACUACGUUCCGAAAAUACACAUAUGAGAAAGAGUUCUAAGACCAUUAACCCGGAGACCGUCAUUUAGGAUCUUGUAACGACCUAAAUCAUCGUCUUCCUGCAUCUAUUCAUAUUUUCCGUUCCGGAAAUACUCACAUUGUAAGGAUUGUGAAUAUAUCUAUAAACCGGAAAUCGGCGUUUUGGAUUUUGGAACAACCCCAAAUAAUGUUUUUUGGCAUAUACUCAUAAAACCCAUACCGAAAAUACCUUGUUUUUCGGUAACUUUUCGUCAUACCAUUUCUCAAAAUACAGCAUUUGAAUAAUGUCGUAGCACAAAUUUUCAUACAAUGCAAAAACCUCUUUUUUCGAAGUAGAUUCGAGAAAUAAGUUAUUUGGAAUUUGGUUCGCAAAAAGAGUGACGUAAAUCGAAUACUUAAUUUACGUGAAUUUAAUUUACGCGUCUUUUUUUAAAUAAGGCGAUUUUCUAUUUAAUUUACGUGAUGAUCGCGUAAACAAAGAUUUUGCAUGAUGAAGGAAAAUUUUUGUCUGUACGUAUACAAAACAAUCCAACAUGUUUCAGUGAAUUGAAUUUUAUAAAUUCGUAAAGUCUAGUUAAGAUCGUAGGCCUUAAGAUCUACCAGCGUAACCAAAUGAACAUUCAAGAUCCUUGUAUAUGGUUCAUAUUCGUGAUACUUCAUGUAAAUCACUUGGUUAUAGUGAAUAUUUUAGGUGAUCCAAAACUACCUGGAGUUCAGGUCUUAAGAUCUAUUAGCAUAACGAACUUAUUGAUCGCGUCUAUACUCGUGUUUCCACUUACAAUUAAGACAUUUAUUGUAGAUGCAUCGGGUCUCCGAAAAAUACCUGUAGUUCAAGUUUUAAGAUCUACCAGCACAAUUAACUGCGUUAAUGAACUUUAUCUUCACGCUCAAUACUCGCGAUUUUCUGAAGUCCUUUGACGACUGAAUUGCUAAAACAGAUCAGCAUAGACAAGUAAGCAAUAUGUAGCUCCAUGACUACGAGCAGCAUUGAAUAAUGCUACAUAAACAACGGAUUGUUCGUGUAAAUCUUACGAUCUGUUCUCACUGAAAUUCAUGGAUGACUGUGAACGGGAAGCGGGUCAUUUCGCUUCUUUAUCAAAGCUAUAUAUUUAUUUUAAUAUCUCCUGGAUAAUUGAUCUGGCACAGCCGCCUAACCGAAGCCAAACUGGUGGCACAAAGCUGCCGAGGCGACACCAGCUGAGUUGGCCGCCGACCCAACGGUGGUAUCUUGCAUACAAACCUGUAACCGCCUCGUUUGCUCGGUCUACUCAAAGCUAGGUUUCUUUGCUUCAGUUCGGUCCGAACGAGCGGUAGCGAGGUCGGAUAACAUACGAACAAAACGCUGCGGCGAAGCGGGCGGUGGGAAUUCCGUUGUGAUGAUCUUGAAUAAACCUACAAACAUUUUUCAAGUCUUUCUGGAAAAUUUCAGAAGUUCGAUUGUAAGUCACCAAAACGGGAGUAUAUUUAUCAUUUGUCUUUCUUUUAAUUCCAAUCACGAUAUUAAGACUAAUGAAGAAUUCGGCAAAAUGACCCUUCAGCUAAAUGACAUUCGGUGUAAUGACUCUUUCGGCGAAAGUCUGAUCCUUGUGAACGUUCCUGGAUCAGAUAAAAAUAGAACAGCAAACAAAAAAUAGAUAGUAGCCAGUUGCACAGUGGUUCAAAAGCCCAAUUUCACGCUCUUAAUUGAUAACUCAUUAAAAACGUGGUUUUCAAGGUACAGUAUCAUCAGAAAAGUUGCUCAGAAUGAUAGACGCCAUCUUUAGGUAAUUUUUUUAUGUGAUUAAUCCCCCUAAAAGUGAGAUAAAUAUUUUAUUUUAGCUCAGGGCCAGCAUAGGUACUAAGUUACUUGUGCAGAAAGUUAUUUCAAAUAAGUUUGCUGAAGGUACUAUUCCUGUAACUUGAGUGUAAUUCAUGAUAUUAUGUAUUUUCUGAAGAGGGUGUUUAAAAACCAGUUUUUGUACGAAAACAUAUAUAUUUUCAAUUUAUAUGAGUGUUUCAUGUUAUACAAAGCUUUUCAUCUUCAAAAACUGCACAACUUUCUCAAACAUACUACGCUGCUAUCAUUUCAGUUUAAUGAAAUAGAGCAAUUUUUUUAUUUUUUUAAAUAAAAUUCUAACUUGUCUAUUAUCAAAAGGCGCAGGAAGGUGCAGAUGAGACUACGUACAUAUUAAACUACUUCAAAAGAGCUUUCAUACCGUGGUUGAGUUACUAGUCUGCGAUCGUCUGCAGGCGAGAUAUGUUCUUUUUAAAUAUUCUUGUCCUUGACAUUUGCAAUGAUAAGGUUCAUUGUAUUUCAGAUCAGAUUUCAGUAUAUAUUCAUUACUAUGGUACUUGCCACAAAAUAUGAUUUUUUUUGUGCACAUUGAAGUCUAUAAAUUGAAUAGUUUAGUAACUGUUUAGUAACUUCACUUUUAAAAAAGCCAUCAUCAAAUCGAAUUAAGUUAUGUCAUCUUCUGGUAGAAAUAAGUAUUAUCAAAACUCAUUUUUCAAUUAUAUGUAUUAAUUUUAUGAUAGCUGAUAAUGUUCAUAACCAGCUAAAAGACUCUUAGCGUCAUCCGACAGAUUCUUCUUGGACUGUUUUGGCCAUUCACGAAUAUUUGUAACCAAAGGAUCCAAUGAAACUAAUUAUCAAUUCAUGGGAUCCCGAUUCGUAAGUGAUCUGGAUUGCUCGCGUGUUAAAUACUCCCGACAUCUGUAGGAAAGAAACUUCUCAAUCAUUAUGAACAGUACAAUAUAGCAAGCGUUUAUCGAUCUCCACUUUAAUUGAUGAAUAGAGGAUAUUUAUCCGCAGAACUUUUCUAUAGAAAAAAACUAACAAAAAAAUGACAUAACGUAAUUCGACAUGUUAAUUGCCUUUUUUAUAAGUCGUGGCUUCUUAUCUCACUUUCAAAAAACGUCGGACAGUUACUUUCAAAAAACGUCUGUAAUUAUUACUAAACUUUUUAAUUUGUAGACUUCGAUGUCCAUAAAAAUCUUUGAUUGUGAGAGUUUCCAUGGUAACGAAUAUAUACUGAUAUCUGAUCUGAUAUACAAUGAACUUUAUCAUUGCAAAUGUCAAGGAUAUUUGAAAAGAACAUAUCUAGACGAUCGCAGACGAGUAAUUCAACCACGGUAUGAAAGCUCUUUUGAAGUAGUUUAAUAUGUAAGUAGUCUCAACUGCACCUUCCUGCGCCUUUUGAUAAUAGACAAGAUAGAUUUAAAAAAAUAAAAAAACCUGAAAAAUUCCUUUAUUUCAUUAAACUUUAUAUAAUAUGAAAAACUCAUAUAAAUUGAAAACAUGUAUGUUUUCUUACAAAAACUGGUUUUUGGACACCCUUUUCAGAAAAUACAUAAUAUCAUGAAUUACACUCAAGUUACGGGAAUAGUACCUUCAGCAAACUUGUUUAAAAUAACUUUCUGCAUAACUUUGUCGAAGUAACUGUUGGCCCUGAGCUAAAAAAAAUUGUUAACUCACUUUUAGGGGGAUUCAUCGCAUAAAUAAAAUAUUCCAAAAGAUGGCGUCUAUCAUUCUGAGAAACUUUACUGAAGAUACUGUACCUACAAAAGCACGUUUUUAAUGAGUUAUCAAUUAAGAGCGUGAACCACUGUGCGUUGGUGUUCUUGCUGUGUCAUAAUAUAGUCUCCAGGGACAAUAUUCCAAGUAGUUCUUGGAUCUUGGAAUAUCUCUUACGGAUUUCCGUAGUCUCAGAACAUACUCAAAUGGUAAUAGGUUCUUGUGCGUAUGAACGUAGUUAGUUUUUUUUGUUAUUCAUACUUAAAUCGAAUGGCAUUGAAAAACAAGUGAUUGCAUAACCUUUCUAUAUGAGAAAGGCAAAACGCAAAUUAUUUACGCAUACUUUGCAUAUGGGACAGAGAUGAGUUGAUAUUGUUUUCACAUUUCAUUGAACAAACCCUCAAGUUUUAUUGCAUUUUUUGAGAGUAUAUUGAGGAUCAGGAAUCAGGAAUCAGAACAAAUUGGCUAAAAUGGCACGUUCCCCUUGAUAUUUGGAGAUUUGUGCCUUGCCAUCAAUUUGUUUUUAGCAUCAUUUUCCCGAUAUAUAAGAGGGAAGGAUUGAAAGGAAAUGGUAAGGGUUGGACUAGGAGGAUGGGAAAAAUUGACGACACAAAAACACAUAAAAGCAGAAGUAAAUUCUGCACCCCUAAGGGAUGCCGAACAAUCUGCUGAGGAUCACAUUUAGUGGAAGCAGAAGUAAAUUCUGAACCUCUACGAGGUCCCGAACAGUCCGCUGUUAAUAAAACCUCCAACCCCCGAGAGGAUUUGAAGAUCUUACAAAAGCGACACCAUUCUGCACUCCCGGAAGAAUGCAGAACGAUUCGCAGUAUGUACGAGCAGAAGUAAAUUCGGCACCCCCUAAAAGAUGCCAAAUAAUCUGCUAAACCCUAUUUAAGGUAAAUACAGAAGGGAUUCAUUCACUCCAGGAAGAACGAUUAACCCUUCUGACUAUAGCUCCUUACCACAUUGGGUAAGAAACGAGAGAAUAUCCUUCAAUUUUAGCUCCGCAUACACAGACUCAACCAUGUAUGGAGAACCAAAAACCCGGAUACGUAGCUGCGUCAAUGCGGGACAGUUACAUAUCAGAUGAUAUGAAGUACCAUAAUCGCAUUCACACAAAUCACACGAAUAAUACUCAGCACGUUGAAUAGUAGCCAUGUGAUAAUUGAGUUUGCAAUGUCCAGUCAGAGCUCUGACCAGAAUACUGCAAUGAUGCUUGGAGAAAUGCAGUAGACACUUUGACAUUUUCAGAUUUAAAUCUGGUAGAAAUGCUUUUGUCUGAGCGCAAGUUUGCAAGCUGCGCCAGUAGCUGGCAUGUUUGGAUACAGCCCAAGAACGAAUCUUGUGCUUUAUCCAACUAGUUGAAAGUGGUAAAGCUGGUUCAGGACCAACGAAAUCAUUCGUUGCACCAGCUCUAGCCAACUCAUCAGCCCAUUCAUUUCCAGUAAUACCAGAAUGGCCGGGUACCCAUAAGAAGUAAACAGCAUUUGAAAUGCUGAGGUCUUCAAUUUGAGUUCGACAUGCGAUCACUAGAUUCGACCGUGAGUCAUUCGAACUGAGUGCUUUUAAGGCUGCCUGACUGUCGGAACAAAAAUAAAUUCGUUUACCACAGAUCCUCUGCUGAAGUGCCGAUUGUACUCCACACAGAAUCGCGUAGAUUUCUGCUUGGAACACAGUACAGUAUCUACCAAGUGAAUGAGACUGCUCUAGCCUCAUUUCACGACAGUAGACACCAGCACCAGCACGACCAUUCAACAGAGAACCGUCCGCAUAACAAACUAUGUGUUCAUCAAGUUGUCGUUCCAGACAACCAGACAACCAUUCCUCACGGAAAGGAUAGCUCACAUUGAAUGUUUUGAAAGGAAAACUGCAUGUGAGAGUUAGGUCACUAGGAGCGAGUAAAUACUCAUCCCACGUAACCAUUUGAGACCACAAGCGAGUGUGGCUGGUAGCAUAAUCUAAUGGGUUACUGUUCCAAAGCCCUGUAACCUUAAGACGAUAUGCACAAGAUAAUGCUUCUUGUUUUAGGAACACAUGUAGUGGUUCAAUGCACAGUAGCGCCUCUAGAGCAGCAGUAGGAGUUGUCGUGAAUGCUCUUGUCAUCGCCAUUAGGACCAUCCUUUGGAGAUGAUUUAGCUUUGACUGAACUGUCGCGACUUCUCCUUUCUGCCACCAUACAAGACAUCCAUAUGCUAAAAUUGGUCUAACAAUAGUUGUGUAGAUCCAAUGAAUAUAUCUGGGUUUGAGUCCCCAUGAUUUUCCAAAAGCUCGUCUACAUUGGCCGAAAGCCAUGCAAGCUCUUUUAAUUCUGAAGUCAAUGUGAGCAGACCAAUUCAGUUUUGAGUCAAGAAUAACCCCGACGUAUUUAACUUGUUCGACCACAGUGACCUCUGAACCAAAGAACUGCAACGGACGAGCUCCUGUGAUUAUCCUACGAUGAGUGAAAAGCACCAUUGAUGUUUUGCCCGGAUUUACAGAUAAUCCAACCUGACAACACCAUUGUUCAACAGAUCGCAGGGCUUGCUGCAUUAAAUCAAAGAGAGUGUUAAUGCUUAUACCGGUCAUCAAUAUAUGAUAAUCGUCGGCAAAACCAUAAGUCGGAAAUCCAAGGUUAUUAAGUUUCCUUAACAAACCAUCAGCGACAAGGUUCCAUAAAAGUGGGGAUAGUACACCACCUUGAGGACACCCACAGACACUUAGCUUUCUAAUCUCUGCUUGCCGAAGCGAUGAACAAAGAAGUCGAUUGCUAAGCAUUGCGUGUAUCCAAUUUGUGAUACUUGAAGGUAUGCCAUGACCACGGGCUGCUUCCAGAAUUGAAUUGAAAGACACGUUAUCAAAGGCACCUUCAAUAUCUAGGAAAACUCCCAGGCAAGAUUGCUUUUGUGAGAAAGCUUUUUCAAUGUUGUACACAACAUCAUGUAACAGGGUUGUAGUGGACUUUCCACGCUGGUAAGCAUGUUGCAUUCCAUGUAGCGGAUGCAGGCCCAAACUAACAUUUCUGAUAUAGUGAUCGACUAUGCGUUCCACUGUUUUAAGAAGAAAUGAGCUAAGACUGAUAGGCCUGAAACUCUUCGCUUCCUCAUAAGUGUCGCGACCGCCUUUGGGAAUAAAUUUGACAAUUAUUUCCUGCCAGGCUCUUGGAAUAUAUCAUGUCGCAAGACUAAAAGUAAGUAUUUUCUUCAAAACAUGUUUGAAAUGUUCAUACCCUUUCUGUAGUAACACUGGGAAAACUCCAUCCUUUCCAGGAGACUUGUGCGGAGCAAAACUCUCAACUGCCCAUUUGACCGAUUCAAUCGUCACAACGCUUCGAGCAAGGGCCCAAGAAUCGUAACUACCUGAAAAAGUCUCGGGAAGAGCUGUCGGUGAUGGAUCCAUACUAGAGAUGGUCGGGUAUCGGGUAUUUUACCCGAAACCCGACCCGUACCCGUACCCGACGGGUUUUUGGUCGGGUACGGGUAAAAAUUUUUAUUUUCAAUCGGGUACGGGUCGGGUACGGGUAAAAAAAAUUUACUGCUUACUCGGGUACGGGUCGGG